CUGCCUCGGGGGGAGGGGGUAUAAAUGAGAAGCUGCCCAGGAAGGCUCCAGACAGCAACUCCUGGGAAGAAGAAGGAGCAGAUUCAGCCAAGCAACACAAUGAAGGCCCCCCUCCUGGUGCUCUUUGCUCUUCUGGCUCUGCUCGCUGCCUUUGCACGGGCUCAAGAACCCCAGGAAGAGAGCCUGCUGGCCAAGGUGCAAACCAUCGCCCAACAAGCAGCCGAGAAGGCCCAGGAGCACUUGACCACCCUCCAGCAGUCUGGGGUGGCCCAGCAGGCCAGGGAAUGGUUCACCAGUAAUGUGGAAAACGCCAAGGAUUACCUCAGCACUCUAAGGGAGAAGCUUACCUCCCUGUUGGAGAAAUCAGCACCCGCAGCAUGAUGAAACUCUGGCUCCACCUGCAGUUCCAGGCAGACCCUCAGCGGCCCUCAGUGGCCCUCCUUGCCCUUUCCCUGUCUAGUAACUCCCUCCCUGGAGCACCUCAUUGUUCUUAAGUGUGGCGCUUCCCCCAUUAAAACUUGCAAACACUU